GGUGGUUGAUAUAAAACCACAUUUUACAUGUAGAGCCACAUUAUUCCAUUUAAUCAGAAAGCAUUUCUGUCAUUUGUUUCAAAUAUAAGGCCUCUCAUCGCACCUCAAAUUUCCUCACCAUUGGCUUCUUACACCAUGCCUUCAACAACUUUUCAAUGGCUAAGCCUUGUGGGCAUCAUUUGGCUUCAAUCCAUAAAUGGAACAAACACAAAUUUCCCUGCAUACUCCUCUCAGUUGAAGCAACUCCUUUGCAUGUCCCAAGUUCAGCUCAACAAUCUUGCUUUUGCCUCAGAUGCAGGCAAACUUUUUGGCUUUUUUUCUGGCAUGGCUGCAGUUUACCUACCCCUUUGGGUUGUCCUGAUGAUUGGAUCAACUCUUGGUUUAGUUGGUUAUGGUGUGCAAUAUCUCUUCACAACAAACAAUAUUUCCUCACUCUCCUAUUGGCAUGUUUUCAUACUAACAGUUUUAGCAGGAAAUAGCAUUUGUUGGAUUAACACUGUCUGCUAUGUGGUCACAAUAAGGAACUUCUCAUCAGAUCGCCAAGUUGCUGUGGGAUUAACAACUAGUUACCAAGGGCUAAGUGCUAAGAUUUAUACCAGCAUUGUUGACGCUGUUCCUGGACACAAAAAAGCUAGAACCUUUCUUUUUCUAAACUCAGUCUUACCUUUGAUAGUUGGCCUAAUUGCAGCUCCUGUAGUCAGAGAAAUUGAUGUCACAAGGCCUAAACACAUGGGUGUUGGAUUUGUUGUUAUGUUUGUCAUUACAAUUGCCACUGGAAUAUAUGCUGUGAUCAGCAGCUUGCAAUUUGUGUCAAGCAAAAUAUCUCCAUUGGGUAGUCUUUUGGGUGUUCUAAUGUCCCUUCUAUUCCCUCUAUUAGUUCCGCUUUCCAUGAAGAUCAAUGCACUAGUGGGUUCAUGGCACAAAAAUAGAGAAAAACAAAGAGUUUAUCAUUUUACAGUGGAGGAGGGUCAGAGCAGUAAUGAAGAGAGGACAGAUAAUGAGGUGAAAGAGGGUGAAGAUAUCAGAAGAGUUCAAGAAGUAGGUGUAAGAGAAGAAAUUGGAGUGAAACUGAUGCUGAGAAGAAUAGAUUUCUGGUUAUAUUUCUUUGUCUACUUAUUUGGUGCAACACUUGGUUUAGUAUUUCUUAAUAACUUGGGACAAAUAGCUGAAUCCCGGGGUUACUCUAGUACUUCAUCUUUGGUGUCCUUGUCUUCUUCUUUUGGGUUCUUUGGCCGUCUCAUGCCAUCUAUUAUGGACUACUUUUAUAGGGGUAAGUGUACUAUAUCAAGACCAGCUUCUAUGAUGGCAUUAAUGGCUCCAACUGCUGGAGCAUUCUUCUUACUUCUCAAUAAAACUCACCUUGCCCUUUAUAUUAGCACUGCCAUAAUUGGAGUGUGUACUGGAGCAAUCACUUCCAUUGCUGUUUCCACCACCACUGAGCUAUUUGGAACCAAGAAUUUCUCUGUGAACCAUAAUGUGGUUGUGGCCAAUAUUCCAGUAGGUUCCUUUCUUUUUGGCUAUUCUGCUGCCCUUGUUUACCAUAAGGAAGGGCAUGAACAUGGAAAAUGCAUGGGCAUGGAAUGCUACAGAAACACUUUCAUCAUUUGGGGUUCUCUUUGUUUCUUUGGCACUUUCUUGGCUUUGAUUUUACACGCUAGGACUCGCAAGUUUUACUCACAUAAACAAUAGGAUACAUACUAUAUUUUACAGUUUUCACACUUAGUCGACUAUCCCAAAACCCCCGUGUACUGUAUAUGUUUUUCAUAGAAUCGAAUCUAUAACU